CGGGGACGUCUCCUCCAGUUGGGGGACCACCAGAGGGUCCGCGAACGAUGACGGUCGAGAUUUUAGGACUUUUUCACAUUCCUCGGCAUCUCUGCCGGACUACAUCAUCGCUCGCUUUCCCCCCUCCCGCGCCCCAUUCGACGAUCACUUUCUUCGAGAUCGCUUCGCGCGAAGCUGAAGGAUCUCCUCUCGCGCUAAUCCUACUCGGCGUCGCCGAAGCCAGUCGGGCUAUGCGGAUCCAUAAAUCGUAGUUAUCCGUCGUGGAUUUUCUCCAUUUCCCUGGCGAUGUGCCGUCUUCGCGGCGAUCUGGUUGUCCUGCUGGUGAUCGUCCUGGCGGAGGCCCAGUGCUUCAUGAUGAGGAUCGUCGGGGAGAAUCAUUCCAAAUGCGGAUGUCCGGCAGCGUCGCAGAGGCAACCACGAUCGAUUGCUCCGUCGAAGGUCCAAGGACUGCUGUUAAAGGACGACGUCUCGUCCUCGUCGACGAUCACCGCCACCGCCACCACCACGACCACCGGUCGCAUCUUCAACGGCAAACCCAGCAGGAAGGGCGCGUGGCCUUGGCAGGUAUCUCUUCAGUUGCUGCAUCCAAAGCUGGGCUUCAUCGGCCACUGGUGCGGCGGUGUGUUGAUCGAUCCCAGAUGGGUAAUCACCGUUGCCCAUUGCAUUCACAACGAGCUGUUUAAUUUGCCCAUCGGCGCGCUAUGGACAGCGGUGGUCGGCGAAUGGGAACUGGACGCGGGGGGACGCGGAUCCGCUCGUUUGCCCGUCGAAAAGGUGAUUCUUCACGAGAGGUUCAAUAAUUACGUGCACGACAUAGCCCUAAUGAAGCUCGCCAGGCCAGCACCUCUAUCAAAGGUCGUUCGCACUAUCUGUCUUCCCGGUCCUGAGCAGUAUAUCGGCAAAAGACAAUGCGUGGCCUCCGGUUGGGGCCGAUACGGUCCCUCGCCCUCGCUCUCUACCGCCCUUCUGGAAGUCAGUGUUCCUCUUCUGGACCUCGAAGAGUGUCUCCAAGCUUAUGGCACGUCGGUGCCCAUCAGGAAAGGUCAUCUCUGUGCCGGACACAUUGACGGUUCUUCCGGAAGUUGCGUGGGUGAUUCUGGUGGACCUCUGCAGUGUCGUCGCUCUGAUGGCGCGUGGCAGUUGGUCGGUGUUACCUCCUUCGGCUCCGGUUGUGCCAGACCGGGUUAUCCAGAUGUAUAUACCGAGAUACAGCAUUACUUAAACUGGAUUAACAGUACAAUCCAUGCCAACCACGACGACGAUGAGCAGUAGUUAAAAACACGUUUGUAAAUAUCAACAUUGUAAAUAUGCUAUUGUACAGUAACAGUGCAUAAUUCUCUGUAUAUAAUGCACAUUCCGUUUGUAUUAUUACAUAUUGUACAGUCUGCUGAUUUUUAAAAAUCAACA